AGAUUAUAUAAACGUCGAUAUUUUGGGCUGAUUCAGCUUAUUUUGCUGAAUAUUAUUGUCAGUUGGGAUUGGGUUACAUAUACUGUAGUACCUACAACCGCAUCAGAAUAUCUGGGUGUAUCCGAUAAUGCAAUCACUUGGUUAAGCACGGCUUUUAUGCUUGCCUAUUGUGGCAGUGCUCUAUUUGUCUUCCAUGCGGUUGAUCGGUUUGGUCUCAAAGGAACUAAUAUUAUUACCUCUCUGCUACUUUUCGUCGGAAACUGGAUCAGAUAUGUCGGCACAAUAGAACGCGUCAACAACUAUGGAGUCGUCAUGUUUGGUCAAGUAGUGAUUGGGCUAGCCCAGCCGUUCUGUCUAUCGACACCAAGCAAGUACAGUGAUACUUGGUUCUCCAGCAAUGGCCGCACCAGUGCCACAGCAAUUGCUACUCUUGCAAAUCCCCUCGGUGCCGCUAUUGCUCAGUUUGCCAACCCAUCUCUUGCGGCAACUCCAGAUCAAGUGCCUCAAAUGGUUUUGGUUAUUUCAAUUAUAUCGACUGUUGGUGCAAUUCCUUCUUUCUUCAUUCCAUCCAAACCGCCUACUCCUCCGUCGUCUACCGAGGUGAUUGAAAAAAUCCGAGUGUUCGACGCGUUGAAAGGGAUUAUAAAAACGCGAGAGCUCUGGCUCUUGAUGCUACCAUUUGCAAUUUAUGUGGCUCUUUUUAACACUGUUGUAACUCUGAUUAACCAAGCCAUUAUACCUUAUGGAGCCACUGAGACACAAGCUGGAAUCGCCGGCGGAAUUCUGAUAGGCGCCGGAAUUGUCGGUACAGCAAUUAUAUCCCCGCUCAACGAUCGAUUCAAGUGGCAUCUAUGGACUGUGAGAAUAUUGUUCCCGAUUUCUGCGGUAAUGUAUAUUGCCUUAAUCUGGGCACCGGCUAGCAGCUUGGGUAUAUGGCCAAUAUAUGUGGUUAGCGCUCUUAUGGGAGCUAUGUCUUUCGGUUUAUCUCCUGUUGUAUUGGAGCUUCUGGCCGAGACGACUUUUCCUUAUUCCCCAGAAGUUUCCAGUACAAUAUCGUGGUUAGGGGGACAAGUUUUCGGUGUUGUAUUUAUAGUCGUUCAGUCAGCAUUGAUUGCUGGACCAUCGGCAAACCCUCCAUACAACAUGACGAACUCUCUUAUCUUCGGUGCAGUCGUCAGUGGUGUGUUCUUACCAUUCCCCCUCUCUCUGGGUUUCUUCGGUCAUCGCGUUAAGCGUAAUCGCGAAGAGCAC